AUGAUAAGUAUUCAUGUUCAGAUUCUUCUAAUAAUUCUUUUUUGGAAUUCUGAUUGUCAGAUUAUUCCCAGGAUUGAAGAAUGUGGACUUUCAUGUUCUCAGGGGAUUCAUUGUAAAAGCAAACCUUCCAGUGACAUUUUUAACAGCUUCUGCCAUGACGCUCCUGCGUCUUUAUCUUCUAUGGUACUGAAAAGCAUGAAGAUCUCAACAGUGAUGAAAUGUGUCCAAGGAAGCCCAUGCUCUCUCCAUUUAAACAUUAAAGGAACUCUGAGUCUGGAUGAAAAUGUCCGUGGGCUGGAAAUAUGUUCCCUUUCACUGGACACACAGCAAUCUCAGUGCACAAAUGUGAGAUUUGCUAGGAAAAAAAGCAAGAUGCUUAAUGGAAAGAAGGUGCAGGUACAAUUCAAUUGCAUUGAAGUCAAUGUAGCACAACACAUCUAUGUGACCAUGAAAACAGUACCAAAUUACUGUGAAGUCAAGCUGAGUCAGGAAUACUAUGUUGAAGAUUGCAGAAACAGUGAUGUGGGAAAACAUAUUCCAGCUUGUUCAGCUGGAAAGUUUGAUUACAAUGUGGACAGGGCAAGGAAAAUUAUAUCAGUGAAUGUAUCCAACUUUCUUAGAGACCAAGAUUAUUAUGUUCGCCUGUGCCACAAAUGGUUUACCUGUGAAGAUGUAGGGGCAUUUGCUGUGAUAAAAGGGAAGGAAUCUUUGAAAUCAGUUUCUCUGAAAUAUUCUCAGCUACUCCCUUGUCUUUGCAUUGAGGGUUGGCUGGCAAUUCCAGAUGCAAGGAGGAUACAACUUUGCCCCUUUGAAAAUGAUACGAAGGCGCUAUGGGACAAUAUUGUUUACAACCCAGCGACACAAACCCUAGCUUGGGAGCCAGCCUGUCCUGUGCUUGUCAUGGUUAACCUAUGCCGGUUAACGAAGUCUAAUGACUACUGUGAAGAUAUACAAAACUCUUCCAAAAAUUCUCCUGAGAAAGUUAAAUAUUCUCGUGUGGACACUCACCCAAGACUUUGCAUGAAGUUUACAACCAAGCAAGGCUCUUGGGUUAAAUGUCCAUUUGCUCAUGGAGAAUUUCCAGCUUGGAAGAUGAGAACUGCUGCAGUUGCAGAACAAAUACAAGUUUUCUUCACAUCCCAAACCAAGGCACAGUUCUCAGUGCUUGUGUGUAACAGGACGCAGCUGGCCUCAUGUGAAUCUGUUGGGAUGCACCAUUCAGUCUCUGUGGGCUGGAGGACAGAUGUAGAUUAUUCAGUUCCACUGCAGAUCUGUGAUAUCUACUGCGGUUUUCGUGGUCAGACAUACGGUGAUGGAAACCCAGCAAAGGCCAUGACACACAGAAUGAAGAGUGUGCAUUCCUUGCAUUGA